AUGGCGACGGCGGCGGGGAGCAUCACAACGCUGCCCGACGAUGGGGCCAGCGGAGCUUUCCCCCCCGGGCACUUCAAGGACCCCAAGCGGCUCUACUGCAAGAAUGGCGGCUUCUUCCUGCGCAUCAACCCCGACGGCAGGGUGGAUGGCGUCCGGGAGAAGAGCGAUCCCCAUAUCAAACUGCAGCUUCAAGCAGAAGAAAGAGGAGUGGUGUCAAUCAAAGGUGUGAGUGCAAACCGCUUUCUGGCUAUGAAGGAGGAUGGCAGAUUGCUGGCUUUGAAAUGUGCAACAGAAGAAUGUUUCUUUUUCGAGCGUUUGGAGUCUAAUAACUAUAACACUUACCGAUCACGGAAAUACUCUGAUUGGUACGUGGCACUGAAAAGAACUGGGCAGUACAAACCUGGCCCCAAAACGGGCCCUGGACAGAAAGCUAUCCUCUUCCUUCCCAUGUCUGCCAAGAGCUGAUCUCCGCCAUGCACUCCCAGCACAACCGCCACGCUAUG